AUGAGCGUCGUUUAUGAACCUAGGAAUUUCAUGCACGAUCCCUCAUAUCCGCCCAUUGGCGACCCAGAUCAAGACCAUCAUGGCUCGCGCAUGUCAUAUCCCUCCCCCGAUGACGUCCCGGACCUGAGCCCAUACAACGCAUCUCCACCGAUGUUGCCGGAUGAUCGCUCCAUGAUCCAAGAAGCGUUGGUCAACGAGGCCGUCAUGGUUAGCGAUGCUGGGCAGCUUAGUAUCUCUACCCCUGCAGGUCUCGUCUCCCUACCCGCCAACUUGACCCACUCGAUGCCUCCCCACGACGGGGAAGACAUAGAAACGGCGACACACUCGAUUCGGACGAAGCACAUUCCUAAACCCGAACGCGAAGUACAGAAACAGGCAGAUGGAAAAUACUAUUGCACCUUUCCCGGCUGCACCGAAGACAUUCAAGUCUUUAAUCGCAAGUGCGAGUGGAGCAAACAUAUGGACAAGCACGAGCGACCAUACCGUUGCGCCGCCGAAGGCUGCGAGAAGCUCCCCGGCUUCACCUACUCGGGCGGCCUCCUCCGACACGAGCGGGAAGUCCACGGCAAGCACGGCGGUCCCAAGAACACCGUCAACUGCCCACACCCCGCCUGCAAACGACACACCGGAAAAGGCUUCUCGAGACAGGAGAACCUGAACGAGCACCUCCGACGCGUCCAUACCCACGAGGGAAGCACCCCGGCCGGCGACGACGCGAGUAGCGACGGCGACAGCGAGAGGGCCGGUGUCAAGCGGAAGCGCUCGCGCAAGAACUCCACAUCCGACGCCUGGGAGGAGAUGCGCGACGAGCUCAAACGCGUCCGGCAGGAGAAUGCUGAGCUCCGCGACCAGAUCGACCGCCACUCCCAACACACCCUCGCCAUGAUGGCCCAGAUUGCCGAGCUCCAGGAGGCCCUCCGUGGAGGCAGCCUCGAUGCAUCGACCAUGGGCGUCGACACUUCCGGCGUCAAUGCGCCAACUGCGUCCAUGAUUAAAAGACCCCUUUCCCCCCGGGGGUUUCUAUUUUCUCCUUGA